AUGUCCCAACGUGGAAACCGCUUGAUGCAUCAGCCUGAGCAGCAGGAGGAGCGCUCCCUCUGGCAAAAGGUCGUUAAUGAACUAAAAGCUCUCAUGGCUCACGAAGCGAAAGUCAAUGACAUCCGACGCAAGAUUGAUACUCUUGAAGAGAGAAAUCGUCGUCACGAUGCCACUUCUGCGGACCUUCAAGAAUUGGCAACUUGCUACAAGGGCCUUAAAGCUUUGACUGAUGAAGAAUCCAGGUUGUUAAGCCAUGUGAUUGAGCAUAACUUGUCUAUUCUAAUCGGGUUGCGCAAGGCCACGGAGCAAGGCUACGGGAGUUCUGGCACUGGCCGGGACGGGUUUUCUAAGAGGAAACGAAAUGAGGCCGUUUCGGUUGAUAGCUCGGCGAGCCGUGGGAAGCCAAGGAGCAUGUCGGUCCCGAACGAAAAUGGGCCUGUUCUUCAGGUCGGGUCACAAGUAGCUUUCCGGUUGCCAAAGCAGAAGGGUGCGGAGGGUGAGUGGAUCCAAUGCGAUGUCAUCAACAUCAUAGGAGAAGGGAACAAACGACGAUAUGAAGUCCAAGAUCCUGAACCGGAUGAACUUGGGAACCAUGGACAGCAGAUAUACAAGGCUGUUGCGCAUCAGCUUAUCCAGAUCCCGAGCGAUUCUGCUGGUUUACUCCCAUACCCAAAUGGCAAGCAAGUUUUAGCUAGGUAUCCUGAAACAACUACCUUCUAUAAAGCCGAGGUAAUUGGAACAAAGAGGGACGGAACAUGCCGGCUGAAGUUCGAAGGGGAGGAAGAAGUCGGGAAAGAGACAGAAGUCGAAAGGCGUUUGGUUCUCGAGAUUGGUGGUAGAUAG